AUGAAUCCACCUGAAAUUUUAGGGUCGCAAGUUGGUGAGGACCCACAAAACUUCAUUGAUAAGGUUAGGAAAAUCUUUGGAGUGAUGCAAGUGACUAGUAAUGAUAUGGUAGAGUUGGCAUCUUACCAGCUUAAUGAUGUGGCUCACAUUUGGUUUACUCAGUUGAAAGAAAACAAGAGUGUGGGUGCAACUCCUGAUCAGUAUAGUAGGGCACCGGGGUCUAAGUCUCAGGGGAGUGUUUCAGGAAAUAAGACCUACCCAAAUUGUCCAAAGUGUAGUAAGAACCAUCCGAGAGAGUGUCUUGCAGACAAGGAAGGAUGCUUUGGGUGUGGUCAGUCUGGUCACUGGGUGAAGAAUUACCUUUCUACCAGGCAGGGUCAAGAUGGUAAAAGUACUUGGGCUCAGUCUACAGUCCCAACAACACCAAUAGGUCACCCAACUCAGCAGGAUAUGUCAUCUGGUACAGGUAGUGGUUAG